AUGCUCCUCGCUGAAAUGCUCAAAAGGGCCAAACGUCGCGCAGAUGGAGCGAGGAUAGCUGUUUCUGCCGCGGAAGCCUUUUCUGCUGAAGGGAAGCAGGAGGAAUCCUAUGAAGCCGUUGCGUACGCGCAUUACCUGGACCGUGCCAAUGACCGUGCAUCCUUCAAGUUGUGUGAACUUCUAGGGAGCAUCGUCAGCAAGUGCAAGGAUCUUGGGAACAAGUAUAAUGAGCUUGAUCACAAAUGCCACAAAAUUCAGGAGUUGAAGGCAGAGGAGGAACCCAUCAAGUGCAUCAGCUCCUUUUCCUGGGACUUGUCGGGCUAUGACUUCAGCAGCUUUACUGAAGAUCAGAGGGAGUUUAGCGAGAAGUUUCCGCUUGGUGUGUCCGGCAUUGAAGCUUGGCUUGGAUUGCGCCCCAAGGCUGCUCCAGACAAGGCAUCUCUGUCACUGUGGGUCAACGAGCCCGUCUGGGUGAAAUGCCGUGUGCAAGCUGGGGAUUGGAAGCACUCCUUGGAGUACAACUUUUCCACAAGAGAUGAAGGCGGACUGCAGGGCGUUGGUUGGGGGCACCAGAUUCCCACUUCUCAACUUGCCUCAGGCAUCACCUUCCAUCUGCUCAGCGUCCGCCGUGGCGGAUCCUCCUUGCGAUGGAUUCCUCCGGGCUCGACGGUUUCCAGGCCUCGAUUAAUUGGACUGACCGCUUUGAGGCCACAGGAGGCACCGCCCGAUCGUGAGGUUUGGUUGACGUGUGGUUUGCCGGAGCUGGCGCAGAGCAGCGGGAAGUUCUAUUACGAAGUUCAACUGUUGAGUGAGUUUGAUUCUCCUCAGAUCGGGUGGCUCAACGCAACCUUCCAGGCUGGAGAAUAUAGCGGGGAGGGAGUCGGAGAUGAUCCACAUAGCUGGGCCUUUGAUGGCGAAAGGUGCCUUUGGUGGAACAACGGCAAGAAGCCCUUGCAGCUCGACAGUCCGUGGAAGGCUCAGGAUGUGCUAGGCUUUGCCAUCGACCUGGAUGAAGGGAAGAUGCAGCUCUGCACAAAAGAAGGGGGGAAAAGUGACCAUGCCUUCCCAGGCACACGGGGCACUGUACCCGGCUGUCUCCAUCACCGGGUUUUUCCGAAUGCAUUUGGCCAAAUCGACUUGGAGGCUGCAGCCACCCAAAGGCUACCAGGAGUGGGGCCAUGGAGACAUUUCAUGGACCAACUGAGUGGAAUUGGCAUCGGCGUUUGUCGGCUUUCAUAG